ACUUUGUCCAAGGUGGGCAACUUAUAUUUGGUUCAAGAACAUCCUCGUCAACUGUGCCGCUUUCCUGAGGGAGUCUCUUCUUGUGUUUCUUCCAUCGCCCGAGCCAUCACAGCGCGUAACCCCCAGUGAGGCCAAAUUUCCGCCCGCUCCACAGCACAACGAAACGGUAAAGGGUCCCAUCUGAACCAUUAGAGAUAUAACUCGCCACAAUGUCUUCUGAGAUCCCCAGAUCGCCCGAGAAGGACGUUGGUCAAGGCGACGCCGCGACCGACACCUCCAACGGAUUCAACGGCAACGGUGCUACUCACCAAAUGUCCCGUGAGGAACAUGAGGUCGCCCGAGCCGCUGCGCGCUUCGGAUAUGGACCUCUUGCUCGCGUAAACACCACAGAGGCACAGCUCCCUCCCUUCGGAGGUGAAUUCCAGCCUGGUCUCUACCGCUCGGUCGAACGCCGCAAGUUUGCCAACCCUGCCCCUCUCGGCCUGAGCGCUUUCGCCUUGACUACUUUCGUGCUGAGCUGUAUCAACAUGGGCGCCCGUGACAUCACGCAGCCCAACAUCGUCAUAGCUUUGGCUUUUGCAUAUGGUGGUCUCGUUCAGUUGCUUGCGGGCAUGUGGGAAAUGGCUGUUGGAAACACUUUUGGUGCCACCGCGCUGUCUUCGUAUGGUGGUUUCUGGCUCUCGUUCGCCAUUGUUCUCACUCCUGGUGGUUUCCAAAUCGCGAAGUCCUUGACCGUAACCACAAGCUCUGGGGCCUCCGACGAGACCAUGUUCUAUAACUCCAUGGGUCUCUUUCUGAUGGGCUGGUUCAUCUUCACUUUCAUCCUGUUGAUUUGCACCUUGAAGUCCACUGUUGCCUUCUUCACGCUCUUCCUGACUCUGGACCUUUGCUUCCUGCUGCUCGGAAUUGGAUACAUCCAGCGCAACGACCAGGGUCUGCCUAACCCUCCCGUUAUCAAGGCUGGUGGAUUCUUCGGUCUCCUGGCUGCUUUCACCGCCUGGUACAACGCCCUGGCCGGUAUUGCCGAUACCAGCAACAGCUUCUUCAUCAUUCCAGUGGCCCACUUCCCGUGGUCCGCCACUGGCCGUGAGAGAAGACAGAAGACCGACCGCGAGGUCGCAUAAAGCUCUGCAUAUCCCAGAGUCGAAGGAUGCGUCUCAAGUGUUGAGUCAUCCGGAUGAUAUAGGGGUUGGCGGCUGUCAUGCGCGUCGCCCCGUGAUGAUUUUUCAGAUACCCAUAAUUUGCGGUCUUGCAUUGUAGUUUGCCGACGUGUUUCGCCGGCGCGCACUCAAGUAUAUAUUCUCGUUUAGUUGAAUCAACCUCAUCAGGUUUGGCUCCGGAGCGCUCGUGGAAU